AUGAUUGAUAAAUCUGACGAUGAAAAUAUUACUCGAGACUUACUUGUUCGUUUACAAGAAUCACGUAUAACACUGAAUACUCUGCAAAAAACGGGUAUUGGAAAAACCGUGAAUAAUUUACGACGACUAAUUACCAAUGAAGAUUUAUCAAGUGUUGCUAAAGGUCUUCUGAAAAAUUGGAAAAAACUUGUACCCGAAACUUCAUCAGUAUCAGCAAAUAAAGAUGACAAACAAUCAAUAACAAGUAGUAAUAGUAACAGUCAAAGUUCACAAGAAAUAAAUGUAGCUAAUGGAAAAACUACUGAUUCUAAUAAAUUCACUAAAGAAAAAUCAUUUGAAAGACGCUCAACAUCAAAUAAUUAUACAGCAUUACAUACUGAAGAUGAAUUUCGAUUAAAAUCGCGUGAUCUUUUAACCGCUGCUCUUUCAGUUUCUGAACUUCCCGAAGGCUCUGUUGAUCCAGCGGAAUUAUCUGCUCGUAUUGAAGAUGCUAUUUAUAAAGAACUUAAAGAUACAGGUGGUAAAUAUCGUAAUCGUAUCCGUAGCCGUAUUUCAAAUUUAAAAGAUGUCAAAAAUCCAAAUCUACGUAUAAACGUUCUUCUCGGUAUAAUUACACCACAACGAUUAGCUGUACUCACUGCUGAAGAAAUGGCAAGUGAUGCAUUAAAACAAGAACGAUCAAAAUUAACCGAUUUAGCUAUUAAUGAAUGUCAACUUGCUGUUGAUGAAGGCACUGGCACUGAUCUUAUUCAAUGCAAAAAAUGUAAACAAAAUAAUUGUGCUUACACAGAAGCUCAAACACGUAGUGCUGAUGAACCCAUGACUUUGUUUAUUCUUUGCAAAAGUUGUGGACAUCGUUGGAAGAUUUUCUAUUUUCUCGUUUUAUUCAUGUCUGGUGGAACAAAUAAAUCAGCUGCUCAGUUAAUGACUGAAGCAAAUAAAAAAGCUAAAUCAGCUAAUGGACUUUUUCAACGUAUGCUUGGAUCGGGUAGUACAAUGAAUGAAGAUGCUCGUGAACUUUAUAUUCAAGCGGGUAAUGCUGGAAGAGCUGAAGGUAAUUAUCCAACAUCUGUCGAAGCUUAUAAACGAGCAUUAGAUUUAAGUACUGAAGAUUUUGAAAAAGCUCCAAUGUAUGAAGCCAUAGCAUCAUCAUAUAGAAUGUUUGAUUUACCUCAAGCUAUACCACCAUUAACACGUGCUGCUGAAUUACAUAUGACUCAAGGUAAAUGGACAAUGGCAUCACAAAUAUUCGAAAAAAUUGCUGAAUUAUAUGAACAAAUGAAUGAUUAUGAAAAUAUGAUGAAAUGUUUAAAAGAAGCAUAUCGAUUUUUAAAACAAGAAGGACAAAAAGCAGGUGCAAAUAGAGUACAAAAGAAAAUGGCAGAAACACUUGUACUUCAACAUGAAUUUUUUGAAGCACAACAACAAUUUGAAGAAAUGGCUGAGAAAACAAAAGAUGAUGCUAUGCUUAAAUUUACUGCUAAAGAUCAUUGGUUAAAAGCAGCAAUGUGUGCAUUAUGUAUUGAUGUUGAAAAUGCUAAUACAGCAUUGAAUCGAUAUAUAAAUGAUAAUCCAUUAUUUGAAGAACGAUCAAUUGAAGUAAAAUUACUUCGUCAAUUAAUUACUGAUGUUGAAGAACAAAAUACAGAAUCAUUUUUUAAACAUUUUGAUGAUACAGCAUUAUCAACAUUACGCGCUGAUCGAAUAUUUCGCUCAAUGAUUGAUGAUAUUGCAAAAAAGAUCAAUGGUGAUUUUGAUCUUAAAUAA